CGACACUUGGAGAGCAGUACCCCGAACUAGUGAUUGAUGAUGAGUCAUGGACCAUAAUUAAAGAAUACGAGGAGGCCUUCAGACCUUUCUACAAGGUAACCAAGCUGAUGCAAACUUUGCAUCAGCCGUUUUCGGAGUUCUACAUCCAAUGGCUAAAUGGUGUUCGUGAACUAAAACUUUUGAAAAACAAUCGGUUUGUGACACCGUUAUCAAACGGUUUGAUGAACCGGUUGAACCUCCUAAAAGACAGCCAAUUAUUCCGAGCCGCAUUGUAUUUGGAUCCUAGAUUCAAUUUCUUGGAUUCUAAAGUAUUCAGUCUUGAGGAAAAGGAAUCAACCCAGGAGUAUUUGAUGCGAAUUUGGGAGAGAGUCCAUGCGCUUUGCUCUGCUAAUAAUGCACCGUUUGAACUAUCACCAGAUAAUUCCAUCAAUGAAUCUGCAGCAUCCGUAGUAGAGGAUUUGGACGAUUUCCUUACCGAUAUGUACGGUGGCACGCUGAGCACAUUGACACAUAACUCUAAAACUGUAGAUAGUAUUCGGCAGCAGAUCAAAAUGCUGGAAAUUGAGCCUCGACAACCACACACGUGCGAUGUAUGGAAGCACUGGUUGGCCAGAAAGGCAUCACACCCGGAGCUUUUGCUGUGGCUAUGGUGGUGCUUUCUGCGCCGUCAAACCAAGCAUCGGUCGAAAGAGCGUUUAGCGCUUUGGCUCUUGUGCUUACGAGCCAUCGAACUGGCAUGGCUGAUGAUCUGUUGGAGAAUACGUUGUUGGUUAAACUUAACCAGCCCAUCGUUGAGAAAGUAA